AUGGACAAUCCCCUUAGGACGCCGGAAAGUGUUCACUCGCAUCUACUUUUCAUUCUUAGUACAUCGUAUUUGCUGCUUAUCAUAUUCAUUUUCAUCGGCGGCUUGAAGACCUUUGAGGUACUUGGAGGUGAUACAUCGGGAAAGACAGCAGAAGAACUUGGAGAGCAAAUUCAAGCAAUCCUGGUGCUAAUUUCGUUCGCACUGCAUUGUGCAGCUCUAGUAUGCACCAUUAUUUGUAUACUGUUUAAUAAUAUUCCAAAAAUCAGGGUUAAGAUGCCAACAAUUGUAGUUGUCGUUAUUCUUAUCUUUGCCGCUUCCUUCAAUGCAAUCGCAGCUAUCCUACUAUUCAUACACAAACCGAAGGAUGAACAGCAGAUUCCUGUUAUGCGUGCAGCUGCGAUUGUGUCCUCUAUAGCCACUAUGUUCGCUAUUGGAUUAUUGGCAUUAUUUUACAAAAGAAUUCCAAAGGGUCAGCAGAAGUUACAGAGGAUGGAAAGCAUUCCAGUGCAAGUCGGACCACCACCUGGUCCUCCACCUCCUCCACCUUUUAUGCCUCCUCCACCCCCUCAAUCACCUUUACAAGCACCACCCAGCGGAGAUUACUUCAAACCUUGA